GUCGGGCACACUGAGGAUUUCGCACCUACUUCUCCGGGUAACAGCCCGGGUAUUGGUCAUAAGAUGAAGGAGGAUAAAGAAAAUGUUGAAAGAUUUAAAGAUGACUUUAAACCUACGACACCAGGACAUAGUCCCGGCGUUGGACAUUCUGUCAAGAACAAUGAGCCUAAUGUUUAGAAAAGG